CCAGAAUAGAGGCAACCUUAAGUUCAAGUUGGCCAAUAUUGUCAAUUCAUCACCACCUUUUUCUUAUGCCUCGUAAAACAUAAAUACGCAGUGGACAAUCCUCGCGGUUAUUUGAUUACGUUCAAGACUGAACGGCGUGUGAGCGAUGAACUGCUUCCCUUACCUUAGCAUUGACGUCAUCAAAUGUGGUCGCGCUCUGUCUUGACCUGAGGCUGUCAACUCAAAUUGAGCUUCUCACAGUUUCACACCAUCUCACCUGUGGAAGAAUGCUUAGAGUGCUACUACACCGGACUGCCAAAAUGACGACAGCCACGCUUGCCGCUUCACAAGGCCAAAGCCUCAGCGAAUCCAGCAAAGUCCAUUUCCCGACCGAUCCCAAGCUCCCAGGCAAGUUCUUCGAACCGCGCCAGAACGACCCGACGGGCGACUACACGCCCAAUCCGAGCAAGUCGUUCCCCUUAUCACCAGCUCGGAAGGCCCUAGUCGACGACAUCAUCUCGCUCUACGAGAUGGGCGCCACGGUGGAGCGCAUGCAGAGAUAUACCCCUGACGCUGUGUACAACGACGAGGUCGGCUACGCCGACGACCGCUUCAAGAUUGCCAGCCAGUGGUUCGGCCUGUCCUACGUAUUCCGCGAGGCCAAGAGCCAUGGCCACGAGAUCAUCACCAACGACAAAGAUCUCAUCCAGUUCCUACACGAGAUAACCUGGCAACCCAAGCUCGUGCCCAAGACGCUGACCCUCAAAUCGCUCGUCUCCCUCUCGCUCGACCCGGCCACCGUGGAUGGCGAGUUUAUCCGCGUCAAGUAUCACAAAGACCAGGCCACCGCAAAGGACUACAGCAAUGAGGGACUAGGUGCGAUGCUGAAGAAGUGGCAAGUUGAGGCCACUACUGCGAUACUCAGCGCCGUGGACUCGAAUCUCCAGGCGUUCGUCCAUGACAAAGGGGCUGGCAGCACAAAGCCGGAUGCUUCAUAAGAGACUCGGUGUGAAAUUUCGUUCCUCACAUAGGUACCAUACCCAUACAUACCUUGAUAGUAAU